UAGGAGCUGGGCCAGAAGAUGGCGGCAGCCGCCGAGCUGAGGCUUCUGGAGAAGAGUCUGGGACUGAAGCCGGGGAAUAAGUACAGCGCUCAGGGCGAACGACAGGUUCCAGUCCUACAAACAAACAAUGGCCCCAGUCUAAUGGGAUUGAGCACCAUUGCGACCCAUCUGGUCAAGGAGGCCAACAAGGAGCACUUGCUGGGGAGCACUGCAGAAGAAAAGGCACUAGUUCAGCAGUGGUUAGAGUUCAGGAUCACUCGAGUAGAUGGACACUCCAGUAAAGAAGACACCCAGACUCUGCUGAAGGAUCUCAACUCCUAUCUGGAAGACAAAGUCUACCUUGCAGGACAUAACACUACCCUGGCGGACAUCCUCCUGUACUACGGGCUCCACCGCUUUAUAGUUGACCUGACAGUUCAAGAAAAGGAGAAAUAUCUCAAUGUGUCUCGCUGGUUUUGCCACAUUCAACAUUACCCAGACAUCAGGCAGCAUCUGUCUAGUGUUGUCUUCAUCAAGAACAGACUCUAUGCCAACUCCCACUAGGAGCCCCCAGCAGCAGGAUAGAAGUGAAGGGGAAAGUGUGUUCUGGACCAUGGUACUAAUGUGAACUGAUAUGACGUCAUUGUCCCUUGUGAAAGUGUAAGCUCAAGUCUGAGUGUUUUACUUGUCCCUUAGUUGAGGCUUUGUAAUUUUUAAUGUAAAAGUUCAGCUGUUAUCCAAGCAAAUCACGAUCAAAUUACAAAUCUCGCUUUUUAUGAGCGAAGUUGAUUUUAAUAACAGUUGCAAAUCAAUGGCUCAACUUUAAAAAAACAUUGCUGUUGGUGUCACAUCUGGCUGUUCACUUUUUCAUGUUUUUAAAAUUCAUUUUUCUCUUAGGUAUUUAUUGUAGUUUAUUUACUAGAACCUACGACAAAUUAUGUUGAGCAAUCAGAAAGGGAAGAUAGAUAUAUUUGUUCUCAAAAUAUUUAUGUGAACUAGUAAAUGUGGUUUUAAAAAUC